AUGAGCGAUUCCGGGACCAUACAGUGGGCGAACAGCGUGGCCUAUCCCCUGGAGCCAAGUGAUCUGGAACUGGGCAGUCCGAGCCAGGUUCCCUGGAGCGAAAAGAUCAAACAUCAAAUCCUUCUUUUGAGACUUCAGAGGCCGUAUUUCAUCUACUGCCUGCUGUGCUCGAUGAUUGCUGCCACAGCGUUCUUAUCAACAUUGAUAGACCUAUGCUUCGGUAGCGAGCGUGGUUGGCACGAUAUUUUGGAAGGCGGUACUUGGCAAAGUGCCUGUUGGUCCGCCGUGAGCUUGGCUCUCUUUGCGGAGGUAUUGUCAAACAUCUUCAUCAACUGGCCAGUGAAGAGUUUCUUCCAAGACUGGUGGCUGACCUUUGACCUGACCCUGUUGAUACUAACAGUAUCUGCUUGGGCACUGUCUCAUUGGCGGAGAGCAACAAUCAUGCGCGAAGAAGCUGAGGAGGCAGACCUUUGGCUCAUCUUCCUUCGCUUCGCCCUGCAGCCAUGCAGGGUCUUUGCUUCUGCCGCAAAUGCGCGGAAGGUGCAGCAAAUGCAGAAGGGUUGUGUGGACAUCAAAUUCGACGGACUCAGCCGUGGUAACGGUUCCCUAAGUGGAUCUGCCAAUCGGUGUAUGGACAACGGCAUUGAAUGGGGCUACAGUGCCAUGCAGGGCUGGCGUGAAAGGAUGGAGGAUGCCCAUUUGGCGAUUGGCUCUCUGCCCAGCACCAGUUCCCGUUGGCGCGAGACGUCGUUGUUUGCUGUGAUGGAUGGCCAUGGAGGAGAGCAAGUGGCGCAGUUCUGCCGUCGCCAUCUUCCAUCUGAGCUGGGUUUCUCCAGAGUGCAGGAAAUGGGCGAUUCCAUGGUCCGCGCCUUUCACCGUAUGGACGAGAGGUUGAUGGACCCUUCGGUGCUGGAGGAACUGAAGUCCCUGAGCAAUGGCGCGUUCAAUUCCUGGGUCAAUCCUGAAAUGAUGGGCUGCACUGCGGUCUGCGCGAUGGUUCAACGUGAUGCCAUCUGUGUGGCCAAUGCCGGUGACAGCCGAGCAGUUCUCUGCAGACGUGGCAAGGCCGUGGAAAUGUCUGAAGAUCACAAACCCAAUAAUAAAGCUGAAUUGGCUCGCAUCCUGAAAGCCGGCGGUGCGGUGCUACAGCAGCACGUUGGAAAUCACGUGCAUUAUCGAAUCAAUGGGAACCUGAACCUUUCUCGAUCCAUCGGGGACCUCCUGUACAAACAAAACGAGCAACUCUCGGCGCAGGAGCAGGUCAUUGUUUGCACGCCGGACGUCCGAUAUUUCCCUCGACAGGUCGAUGAUGAGUUUAUGAUCUUGGCCUGCGAUGGCGUGUGGGAUGUUCUCAGCAGCCAGGAGGCAGUGGACUUCGUCCGCGCGCGGCUGGGGAAGUUCAGCGAUCUCGCCUUCCGUCUGAAGGAGGGUCGCUUACGGCUGUCCUCGAUCGUCGAGGAGAUGCUGGACGCAUGUCUCUCACCCGACUUGGCUCAAACAAUGGGCCUCGGAGGUGACAACAUGACUGCGGUCCUCGUCGUGUUUACCGAUGCUGGUCGACAGGCCAAUUGGCUUGAGACUUCGAUGGUGCCUCCAGCGACAUGGAUGUGUCCAUACCGCUGA